AACCUCAACAACCAACAAAACAUCAACAACUAUUUUUUUUUUUGAAAGGAAAACAUCAACAACUUGCAACCACUCCCAAAAGCUUUCAUAGUCUCUCUUUCAUUGCAAGUCAUUACUACUAGAAUCUAGAAUCCCAGUCUACUCCCUAUAAAAAUUCCAAGUCUUCAUUUUUAUUUUACAAAAUCCAAUUCUUCCUCAAAUUAAAUUUAGAAAGCAAUCUUCUUGCCUUCCAACUACCCCAUUUUCCCAAACAUCUAAAUCUCAAAAACCCACCUUUUAAUUCCUCAAAAUUCCAUUAUUAUUCUCAUAAAAUCCCACCCAAUCUUUAUAUUCCCCUGUUUUUUUUAAUAACAAUGGCAGUUGAUCUUUUAACAGAUAAUCCUUCAAGUAGAGGAAUAAGUCCAAGAAUUUCCUUCUCACAUGACCUAAAAAACUCUGACAUUAUCCCAAUUGAAUCUCAUAUCCCACUGAAGCCAUCAUCCCUUCUUGAUUAUGAUUUUGAUUUCUGUGUAUCUAAAACAAGUUAUGAUCAUGAUUCUUCAUCAGCUGAUGAAUUAUUCUCAAAUGGGGUUAUUCUACCAAUCCAAAUUAAGAAAGAAAAUAUACCUAUAAUCUCAAAAUCAAAAUCUUUUACUCAAUCUUCGCAACUACCAUCUUCUUCCUCUGUUCUAAACAAUGGUGAAAAAACAGAGGAAAAACAGGGGAAUAACAAUAAGUCAUUUUGGAUGUUUAAAAGGAGCAAAAGUUUGAAUUGUAGUAGUAUUUAUAGAAAGGGAUUAUGUUCUUUAUACAUUUUAUCAAGAAGUAAAUCAACAGGAUCAACAAUAAGUGGGAAAAGAUCAUUAAUUUCAAAUGAUGAAACUCAUCAUCAACAACAAAAUGGUAAUGGAAAACAGAGUUCUUUGAAGAAUUUAAGUUCAUCAUAUCAUCAAAAACCUCCAAUAAAGAAGAAUUAUGGUGGGUCUUCAUUUAAUUCUGGUUUGAUUCAAGUUAGUCCAGUUCUCAAUGUUCCAACAGGGAAGGUUUUUGGGUUUGGUUCACUCUUCUCUACAGCUACUACACUCUCAAAUACAUAGACGAUAUCUUACAAUCCGUGAAGGAGGUUGGAGUCAAAAACAUUGACGCAGUUUAAUACGACAUUCUAAGGGAAACACGCCCUUUGAGAGAUGGAGAAAUGCGCCAAUUGAAAGACAAGAUUGUCACAUAUCUUGCUAAUUUUUGUUCUUGGUAAAUAAUGUAAUUAGUUUAGAUUUAGGAUUUUAAUUUGUAUAUGUAAAUAUUAUUAUUCAUACGAUCGAGAGUUUACAAAGAGAUUAUUGGUGAUAAUUGGUGAUUA